UGCCUCCUCUCUCCUCGGCUCCCCACCCACCGCCUCCCCAUGGACUGAGCCUCCCCGGACCGCUGGACACCGGCCACCCAGGGGCCGCCCGCUGCCCCUCUGAAAAACGAGUCUCCAGGCUUUCCAUUUAGGUGCUUUCCAUCCCCCUCCUCCCCACCCUGUCCCCCCGUGGAUCUAUUGCCCAGCCGAAUUUGGGUGAGCAAAAGAAAACAUGACGUCUCCGGCCAAAUUCAAAAAGGAUAAGGAGAUCAUAGCCGAGUAUGACACCCAAGUUAAAGAGAUCCGCGCCCAGCUCACCGAACAAAUGAAAUGCCUGGACCAACAGUGCGAACUGCGGGUGCAGCUGCUGCAAGACCUCCAGGACUUCUUCCGCAAGAAGGCUGAGAUCGAGAUGGACUACUCUCGGAACCUGGAGAAGUUGGCUGAGCGCUUCCUGGCUAAGACCCGCAGCACCAAGGACCAACAGUUCAAGAAGGACCAGAACGUUCUCUCGCCGGUGAACUGCUGGAAUCUUCUGCUGAACCAGGUGAAGCGAGAGAGCAGGGACCACACCACACUGAGUGACAUCUACUUGAAUAACAUCAUUCCUCGGUUUGUCCAGGUCAGCGAGGAUUCGGGUCGGCUCUUCAAAAAGAGUAAAGAAGUCGGCCAGCAGCUCCAGGAUGAUCUGAUGAAGGUCCUGAACGAGCUCUACUCGGUAAUGAAGACCUAUCACAUGUACAAUGCGGACAGCAUCAGUGCCCAGAGCAAGCUGAAAGAGGCGGAGAAGCAGGAAGAGAAGCAGAUCGGCAAGUCAGUGAAGCAGGAGGACCGGCAGACGCCUCGCUCACCCGACUCCACCUCCAACGUUAGGAUCGAGGAGAAACACGUCCGGAGGAGUUCAGUGAAGAAGAUUGAGAAGAUGAAGGAGAAGCGCCAAGCCAAGUACACGGAGAAUAAGCUGAAGGCCAUUAAAGCACGGAAUGAGUACUUACUGGCUCUGGAGGCGACCAAUGCAUCUGUUUUCAAGUACUACAUUCACGACCUGUCUGACCUCAUCGAUCAAUGCUGUGACCUGGGCUACCAUGCCAGCCUAAACCGGGCUCUGCGGACCUUCUUAUCAGCUGAGCUCAACCUGGAACAGUCCAAACACGAGGGCUUAGACGCCAUUGAAAAUGCUGUGGAGAACCUGGAUGCCAACAGCGAUAAACAGCGCCUCAUGGAGAUGUACAACAAUGUCUUUUGCCCACCUAUGAAGUUUGAGUUCCAGCCCCAUAUGGGAGAUAUGGGGUCCCAGCUCUGCGCCCAGCAGCCGGUUCAGAGUGAACUAGUUCAGAGGUGCCAACAGCUACAAUCUCGCUUAUCCACUCUGAAGAUUGAGAAUGAAGAGGUGAAGAAAACAAUGGAGGCCACCCUGCAGACCAUCCAAGACAUUGUGACGAUUGAGGACUUUGAUGUCUCAGACUGCUUUCAAUACAGCAAUUCCAUGGAGUCUGUCAAGUCCACUGUCUCAGAAACCUUCAUGAGUAAGCCAAGCAUUGCCAAGAGAAGGGCCAACCAGCAGGAGACAGAGCAGUUCUACUUUACGAAAAUGAAGGAGUACCUGGAGGGCAGGAAUCUCAUCACCAAACUGCAGGCCAAGCACGAUCUCCUCCAGAAGACCCUAGGAGAAAGUCAGAGGACUGACUGCUCUUUGGCCAGCAAGCGCAGUUCUACCAUAAGGAAACAGGAUUCAAGUCAAGCGAUUCCUUUGGUGGUGGAAAGCUGCAUCCGCUUCAUCAGCAGGCAUGGGCUGCAGCAUGAGGGCAUUUUCCGAGUGUCCGGAUCCCAGGUGGAAGUGAAUGACAUCAAAAACGCCUUUGAAAGAGGUGAGGAUCCCCUGGCUGGAGACCAGAACGACCAUGACAUGGACUCCAUAGCAGGCGUCUUGAAGCUUUAUUUCCGGGGCUUAGAGCACCCCCUCUUCCCCAAGGACAUCUUCCACGACUUGAUCGCCUGCGUCACCAUGGACAACCUGCAGGAGAGAGCUCUCCACAUCCGCAAGGUCCUUCUAGUCCUGCCGAAAACCACUCUGAUAGUCAUGCGAUACCUCUUUGCCUUCCUUAAUCAUUUAUCGCAGUUCAGUGAAGAGAACAUGAUGGAUCCGUACAACCUCGCCAUCUGCUUUGGGCCCACGCUGAUGUCUGUACCCGAGGACCAUGACCAGGUCUCCUGCCAGGCUCACGUCAACGAGCUGAUCAAAACCAUCAUCAUCCAACAUGAGAACGUCUUCCCAGGACCCCGGGACCUGGAGGGUCCCAUCUACAGCCGGGGAGGGAGUCUGGAAGAUUACUGUGACAGUCCACAUGGUGAGACGGCCUCAGUCGAAGAUUCCUCCCAGGAUAUCACAGCAGAGCACCAUGCUAGUGACGAUGACGGCGAGCCAAUUGAAGCCAUCGCCAAAUUUGACUACAUUGGCCGGACACCCCGGGAGUUGUCCUUUAAGAAGGGGGCGUCUCUUAUGCUCCAUCACCGAGCUUCAGAUGACUGGUGGGAGGGGAGGCAUAAUGGGAUCGACGGACUCAUCCCCCAUCAGUACAUCGUGGUCCAAGACACCGAGGACGGGAUCACGGAGAGGUCAAGCCCCAAGUCCGAGAUUGAGGUCAUUUCUGAGCCACCUGAAGAAAAGGUGACAGCCCGAGCGGGGGCCAGCUGUCCCAGUGGGGGGCAUGUAGCUGAUAUUUAUCUUGCAAACAUCAACAAGCAAAGGAAGCGACCGGAACCCGGGAGCAUCAGGAAGGCUUUCCGGCAGAGCGACGGCCACGGUCCUCAUAGCCUGAGCGGCUCCCUGCUGGAGUCUACCGCCCUGGGCCCGGGGGCCGCCUCCCGCCCGGGCUCCCAACCCCUCAUGAGUCAGAACCUCCCCAAGGACGGCCCCGAGAAGUGCUCCGUCAGCGGGCUCGGGAGCCUCAAUUCCAUCAGCCGGCACUCCUCUCUGAAGAACAGGCUGGACAGUCCACAGAUCCGGAAGACGGUGACGGCCGGAAGAUCCAAGAGCUUCAACAACCAUCGGCCUAUGGAUCCGGAGGUUAUCGCGCAGGAUAUCGAGGCGACGAUGAACUCAGCCCUGAAUGAGUUGAGGGAGCUGGAACGCCAGAGCAGCGUCAAGCACACUCCCGACGUUGUCUUGGACACCUUGGAGCCCCUGAAGAUCUCUCCGGCGGUGGCGCCCACGUCCGAACCCUCCAGCCCCCUGCACACGCAGAUCCUCAAGGACCCCGAGCCCGCCUUCCAGCGGAGCGCCAGCACUGCCGGGGACAUCCCCUGCGCCUUCCGGCCUGUCAAGUCGGUCAAGAUGGCCGCCCCGGUGAAACCUCCGGCCACACGGCCCAAACCAGCGGUCUUCCCCAAAACCGGGGCCGCCGGCCCCGGGGUCAACUCCUCGGCAUCUCCCCAGCCCGCCGACAAGUCCUGUACUGUCUAACGGACCCACCCGCCUCUCUGUGGAUAUAAUUUUAUCGGGAUCCAGUCUAAGGGACUGGAGGGAUCAGACGCUGUUACCGAAAGCUUCCUAUUUAACUAGUUCUGGGACUUCCACAGCUGAAGAUUACUGUAGUUUCUAAGGUGUCCUGCAGGGCGAACCUUCCCAGCACCCGAAACAUGGGGAAAGGAGCCCUUCCUCCCUCCCUCAGCCCCUCUCCCGCCCUCUCCACGACCUCCUUCCGGUCAGCGGUCGUAGCCAGCCAGUUCCAGCAUUUACCGGUUUUAGGCAAAAAUCCAGUUGGGUUUUCCAUUAUCAGGUCACUGUGAAAUCUGGCCAGGCCAACAACAAGGACCUGAGAAUGGCUGUCACUUCCUCUUGGACAGCGGGUCAUGCCUUGUUCAGAUAUUUGGCUGCUGAGAGCAGGUUUUCGGCAGCCCCGCGUUCUGGGUACUGGUUAGGGUCACUUAUAUAGCCUGUGAUUUAUCAGUCCCAUCCACCCACGCUACCCGCACGACAACAAUCGUAGGCUUAUCUAGUCACUGGCAUGUUUAGACUCUCCUUCUUAGGGCACCAGACCCGUAUCUAUCAUUAAGUUAUUGUGGCACUUAACACGCGCUCUUUCCCUGAAAAUACACAUUUUAUUUUGUGGGGAGGGAUGAAAGUUCAUCAUAGAAGCCUCUCAAUCAAUCAAUCGUAUUUAUUGAGCGCUUACUGUGUGCAGAGCACUGUACUAAGCACUUGGGAGAGUAUG